GCACGUUACCUUCCCUCAGGGUGCCAGGCCGGGGGAGUCCUGUUCUAUAUAAGUCGCUGUGCCGCUUCCUGAUGUACAGGCCUAUCGGACCCAAGCUCAUCACAAUGAAUGCUCUCCUGGGAAGCCUUGUGGUCUUGGCCAGCUGUGUGAUGUUAUGCAACGCCCAGUGCUAUUUCAUACCUAUUGAAGGCUCUCCAGACAACUCGCUUAAGGAAUGCAAGGAUCUCGGUGGAGUCACCUACGCGAUGAACUCAAAGUGGAAGAAUGAGAGAUGUGAGGAGUGUUCUUGUAACCCAACUGGAAUCGACUGCUGCAACACUGUUGCUAUACCUGUGGGUUUUAGCAAAAUGAAAUGCAAGAAAUUAUUCAACCAGAAGACCUGCACCUAUACGGUGGUGGAGAAAAAGAAUCCAAAAAAGACUUGUCUUGUCCAACAAUGGGUGAUGUAAUGUGCUUCUAGUGGGCCCGUGGCUCCCAGCCAGAGGGGUUCCAGGUCCUCCAAGGCCAGGCCUCAUUCUCCUGUGGCCUCUAACAAUCUAUGAUUGUAACCCUACCUGUUCGUAAAAAAAAUAAAUAAUUAACAAUUGAGCAAACAUUUGAA